AUGGUGGCCACGGACGACGUCAGCUGCAAAGAGGCGGAGAAAAGAAGCGUGCAGAAGGCAUCGAUACACUACCAUCAUGCCUGGUCGAGGCCAUGUUGGGCACCGGCCAAGUGUAUGUGCCGUCCUGGCCUCUGGAAAGAGGACGGGGGGAGGAUCAGGCCAGCCUGGGACAUGCCCGACUCAUUCUCAGCCCCGCCUUCUUCCAAGGUGCUGGGCCUCUCGCACUGCUCCCGGGUGGUGUGGCCUGCCAGGCCGGGCUGGCCGGACGCAGCGGAGGCCCAGGCGCCCUGGGACGUACAGCGCACUGUGGCAUCCGCGUAG